CUCUGAGCAACAGCAGCAUGUCGUAUGACGAUUCUCUCUCUCAUUAUUCCCAAUACAAUCUAAGCACAUAGACACGCAUGCAGACUCAAGCUUGUGCACCCACUCACUGGCUCUGCCAUGUCUGUUGGCCCCCUCACUGCCAACAACAAGUCCUAUCCAUCUUGCCAACUCCUGCCAGGAGCCAGACUCAGACAGGGUGGCUUACUUGGAUGCAAACUUGGCUACUAAGAGCCUUCACUUGUGCACAAGCCAUGCUGGGGUUUGGAUUAUCUGGGGAGGAGCUCCCCAGCCUGAGCUCAUAGUAAAGGGAACCAGAAGGGGAUCGUUUACCAAGUGGAUUUUGAUGGCACAGGGCUGUCUGCCUUUCAUUAUGGGCUCCUGUAUCUCCAAAGAGUUCUUCUUCAGUGGCCAUAAGGAGUUCCACAUAUCAAAUAACAACACUAAACCUACAAGCCCUCCUGUGCCUGCAGACAUCCCCCCUCCGCCAGCAGACACAGUGCCUACUGAAACCCCUGAGGAAGAGGAGGAAGAAGAUGAGGAAGAUAUGGGAACGAAAUGCUUCAAGACACCUAACGGCUUCACCUGUGAUUCGAAGGCUAAUUCCAGCAGUUAUGAUAUCACAGAGUUGGCAACUUCCUCAUUGAUUGGCCUGGUACAAACGAUUAAAGAUCAUAUCACGAAGCCAACAGCGAUGGCACGGGGACGUGUUGCGCACCUUAUUGAGUGGAAAGGCUGGACCGCCCCCCAGACCAGCUGGGAUCCCUCCCUCACUGACGAGGAACAUUAUUCUGACCUCACUGAUGAGCUGAAAGAAGCACGUUUUGCUGCAGGAGUUGCAGAACAAUUUGCAAUCACGGAAGCCACACUAAGUGCAUGGUCAUCCCUGGACGAUGAAGAAAUGCAGUAUGGGUUGGGCUCACAGGAAGUCCGGCAGCUUCAAGACCUGGAGAGUCUCUACUUGCAGGGGAGACUCCUCAGCUACACACAUGGGGCCUGUGGCUCGGAUCUAGGGGGUAGUCUCCCAGGGCUUUCUUAUUCCUCAGCUGUGUCCUUAUCUGCUGUCCCCCAACAGCAGCAGCUACCUGUGGAGACAUGGGAUGUGACACAAGUCCCCUAUUUACAACCAGCUUUCCAGUGCCCUCUUCCCAAUGGGGCCAGGAGCAGUAGUUCAGAUAAUUCCAAAGCACCAGCAGCAGGGGAGGGAGAGAUUGCUCCUGAAUCCUGUAAACUCCGUCUCAACAGCUCACUGCACUAUGUGGACAGCAGCUCUCUAUCUGAAGAUGAGGUCUUCUACAACUAGAGAGCAAGAACCAGACAAUAAACUCUCAAACUGUCUCAAGUACUGAGAGCCCAAGUCAACACACUAACAGUUACUUACUAGCCACUGGCCAUCCAAGGCGAGAAAAUGGUCACUAUUUAUCCUGCCUGGUUCUGACGUACAACGUGAGUCACUUCCUUACCAGAAGAAAUGUUUCUGUUGUAUGUAACUGUGAAGCUGUGUUGGAUUGCUCAGCCCAAAACUGACAAAAUAUUAAUCUACUAAGCACUAUGAAUGUACCAUGCACAAAGUGAAUAAGUUAUUUGUUUGUGGAGUUCAAUGUAUGCUGGAUAUCUGAGCCCCAGUUAGAAAAAUCCUUUCUAGUAAUCCCCAAACCAAUGUACUAUAAGACUUGUAAAAAAUUGACCACGGAUGCCGUGAAAUUAUGAAAGUAAAAUAAGAGAGACAUAUCUAUUUCAUGCACUAUACAGUCAUCAGCAUUUAUAUGGGAAUGUCAUAUACUCUGCUAACAAAUUAAAUCAGCAAUACUUUUCUUAAAUAUUUAAAAGGACUAGGCCUCAUCAUAAAAAAUUAUUUUGUGCAAAGUCCUUAUUUUAUGGAAAUGUUGCAGAUUUAAUUGUGGAAUUGAACAUGAAGGUAAGGGAGGCGUUAUUUUAUGCGCGGAUUGUCUGGAGAACAUGCUUGUACUGUGUCUGUUAUGUAACAAUUUGUAGUGAAUCUGUUGGCUUAUAUAAGUCACACACGCUAAACCACUGAUGGGCAAUAAAUAUCACUUAUAGA